AUGACGUACUGUCAAUUCUAUGGCAGUAGAAGUUACUUGGUUCUUGCUCGAGUAGGCGACAAUGAGUACAGUUGUGAGUGUGGUAAGAUGAAGCGGGAUAGGUUGCUGUGCUGCCACAUCUUGAAAGUGUUUACUCACCUUGGGAUUGAUGAGAUACCGGGGCGGUAUAACAUGAGGAGAUGGACGCAGAAUGCUAUCCCGCGGGAAGUUGCUCGUCCAGAUGAGACGCAACCAGAUGCCCUCCCGCCGGAAUCAUUGAAGCAAAUAAGGAUGGCAAAUUUGUCUGUCAAAUAUGGUGAACUUGCUAGGAUCAGUUGUUGUUCGGAUGCAGCGAACGCCAUAGCGGAGAAAUACAUCCGCGUGACAAAGACUGAAAUAACUCAUCUGAACUUGAUGAGGAGGAAAGAUGCAAAGAGGAGGAGGGAGACAGCAGCACGUGAAGCAAGCGCAGCAAGCGCAUCAUCUGCCCCGGCGACUACCCAUGCAGCUACACCACCUGCCCCCGCAACUGCACCGCGCCCUGCAACAACUUCAGGUGGUGCUCCAGCAACUACAGCCCCAACCCCCGCAACAACAGCCGCCUCAACAGUGAGUGGUGCAGCGACGGUGCCUGCCCCCGCAACUGCAACUUCUGGUUGUGCUCCAGCAACUGCGUCACACCGCCCCGCAACUACAACCACAUGCCCCGCAACAGCAACAGCCUCAGCGGCGAGUGGUGCAACGACGGCAUCGGCUUCAAUCGACCCUAAUCGUGUGAGGAACCCAGACAGGUGCCUGACAAAAGGGCGGCCCCGGGCGAAGCGUUACGAGAAUGCACUUGAACUACACCCAAAGAAGAAGAACAAGUGUGCUUUUUGUAGCUCUGAUGAGCACAACUCUGCCAGGUGCCCUUGGAAGCUGGCCUAG